AACUCACAUUAAUUAUUUGUAACAAAUCCGAGGUCUUUAGAGAUAAAUAAUUUUUCAAUUUAUUUUCUAUUGUUUAAUUUGAUGAGUCCUCUAACAUAUUAAACAUAUUCCAUAAGUUUUUCUAUUAAUUCAAUAUUUAUUUUAAACUUUAACAAUUAAAUUGCGGGUUUAUCGCAUCUGGAAGUUUGUUAAAAAUCGAUCGAUAAAAUCAGUAGUCUUCAGCAAGAAUAUGAGUUCUAUCUCGAAUGUUGAGAAUCUCUCCCCGCAGACGAUACGCCAGGUCAUGAAGGAAAUGCGUUCGUUAAUCGACAGUCCGCUAGAGGGCAUCAAAAUUCAAAUAAAUGACUCGGAUGUAACGGACAUUCAAGCUUUUAUUGAAGGCCCAUCUGGAACACCAUACAGUAGUGGAGCAUUUCGUGUUAAAUUAACAUUGGGAAAAGACUUUCCACAAACGCCACCGAAAGCAUUUUUUUUGACAAAGAUUUUCCAUCCGAAUGUCGCCUCAAAUGGAGAGAUUUGCGUCAACACAUUGAAGAAAGACUGGAAACCAGAUUUGGGCAUUAAACAUAUUCUGCUUACCAUCAAAUGCCUUUUAAUUGUUCCAAAUGCCGAAUCAGCCUUGAAUGAGGAAGCUGGUAAAAUGUUGCUGGAACGAUAUGAUGAUUACUCGCAAAGGGCGAAAAUGAUGACGGAAAUUCAUGCCCAGCCUCCAAAAACAACAGACGCCAAAGACGAUGACGGCCCUUCCUCCAAAAAGCAUGCUGUCGACAAAAAACUCCAAGAUAAGAAAAAAGAAAAGCUCAUAAAGGAAAAGAAACGCAUCCUCAAGCGAUUAUGAGGCGCACAAAACUAAUUUUAAUUACAAACAAACAAAAACAAAACAAAAAAUCGGGCGCAUUUCAUUGCCAACAUGAUAUAAUAUGAUUUAAUGAUCUAAUAACAAAUUUUAUUUUAUUAAUUAUAAAUAUUUAUUCACUUUCAUUAUCCACAACCAAACGCAAUUCCUAUCACAGUUUAAAAAAACCAAACCAAAAAACAAAAAAAAAAAAAAAUAAAAACAAUUGCAAAAAAUAUAAGAACUAAAAACAAAGAAGAAAACAAACAAAAAUGCACUUACAGAGAAGAGAAAUAGAGAAAAAAACAAGAGAGUAUUUAAGCGACGAUGACCAGCAGAUGUUAAAAACCAGCACACAUCACAUUUUUAAGUUUUAUUAUUCGUGUGCGCGAAUGUGUGCUGGAUUUCUAAGGCAACUGGUUGAUCAUCAUAAUCAUCACCAACAACACAAAUAAACAACAAUUACUGCUCAAUAGUUAUUCAAGUCGCUCUAUCUCGAUGCCAGGAGCAUCAUU